GUCGAACAACCGACACGCCUGGGGGCCCAGUACUCCGGUCCGCGUGGCAAAUGGAUUGCGCGACGCGACAAGUCCGCAAACAAGAUGAAAUGUCGAUAAUGGUGCGCGGUUUCUGUAUAGAAAUGCUCAAGUUCGCCAACCACCCGGGUUUCGAAGAUCCAGAUAAGAUCCAGGCCGUCCAGCAAGCAGUAAAUGAAGCUUUGGCCAGACAUUUGGGCGCUACCAGCGACCGGACGACGCAUCCGACCAACCGAUUUGGGCGUAACCGGAACCCCUUUGGGGAUAUCCAGGACCCCAGCGUCCCCGAUACCGACGACGACAUGUUUGUCUCGCAGGAUUCGACAACCCCCUCGAAACACGCCGAAACUACUAAUUAAACACGGUCUGACGGGACAUUGGCCAGCACAAAUGCAACCCCCCGCCGCGCGCGUUCGAUUUCGCUCGAGCCGUUAGAAUCGCUGCAGUCGCCAGAAAGGAGGGUGGAAGCGACAAAAAACACGCGAAUCCCCCCUCCUUCCGCUCAAAAGCAAGCAACCACCAACCCAAACAAAGAAACUGUCGCGACACGAGCUCCUGAAUGGACUUUUGGCCCAUGCGGGUCGUUAUAUGGCCCCAUUGUUAAUAGAAACGUAAAUGGUCAGACUGGCAAAAAAAGGACAACAGGGGCCAGACGGAAGUAAAAAGCAAUGUUAAACGAAAUUUUCGUAGUAUUACGUUUCAUUUGUAGUAGUUUCAUGCACCUGGGUGCAAGGAUUAGGACCUUGUAAACCACUUUAACCGUUCGCGAAAUGUGACUCCAA